AUGGAUGAGCUCAAUGAUUUAAUCUGGAGCAGUUCUGGUAUUAAUAAAACUCAAACACAAAAAGAUAGUUCUACUCCUUUAAAUCUUUUACGAGGAGAAAAUCAUAUUCUUUCAUCAACAUCGAAAACCCCCACCAACAACAAUCUCCCUUUUUCUACAAAAUUAUCUUUAAUUGAACAACUUAAACUUCGAGAUCAAAAUCAACGUCGUGAAAAAGAAGAAGAAGAACUACAUUAUAAGGAACAUUAUGAUCAAUCUCAUUUUUGGGAUUCAUUGGAACAAAAGGUAGCACAAAUAGUUGAUAUGGGUUUUACGGCUAGUGAAGCAGAAACUGCACUUGCUGCUACUGAUAAUGGUGAAGAUGUUUCAUCUGCUGUUGACAUUCUUUUUCAACAACCUGAAGCUGAAGAUCAAGUAGUUACUAGGAGACACGAUACAAAAAAGGAUUCUUUACGUUCAUUUGAAUUAAAUCGUCAUAAAUCUAAUACAUUUUCAUCUCAUGAUGAGGAUGAGAAUUAUUAUAAUAAUUAUGAUAAGGAAAUUGGUUAUAGAUCAAAUAAAAAAUCUUUUAAUAUGGCAAAAAGUAAAGUUUAUGGAAGGAAUAUUUCAGAUGAAGAAAGUAGUAGUUCUUCUAAUACUAGUUUUUAUCAAUCAAAAGAAAAUCUUAUAUCUACAGCAAGUGGAUUAGGAUUAACAGCAUUGAAAAAAGCAAGUACUUUAUAUCAACAAUCUAAAGAUAAAGUUAACAAAGCAAUUGAAGAAUUACAGAAACAAGGAUUAGGUUCAGAUGAUGAUGUUAUUAAAAGACCAAGAUGGAUGCAAGAACAAGAUUUUCAAGAUUCUGAUGAAUAUUCAAGCGAAAAAUAUAGUGAUUCGACUGAUCAACUUCAUGACAGAAAAUUUGGAGAUAAUCAUCAAUUUAAUGAAAAAUAUGAAAAUUUUAAUGAAUUUGGAAGAUCAAAAAAUAAAUUUAAUAUCAUAAGUCGUGAAAUUCGAAAUAAAUUAACAGGUAAUAAUAUAUUAAAAUCUAAUGACAUAUAUGGAAAUUUAGAGAAAUAUACAGAUAAUGGGGAAAAUACAAGUAAUGAAAAUCUUAAUAAAAACAAUAGAAAUAAUAGAAACAAUAAUAACAAUAAUAUUAAUAUUAAUAAAUAUAAAGUUGGACAAUUGGAGAAAUUUCAGGAUGAUGAAACAAAAACAAAUUUCGAGCGUAAAACAUCGAAACCUUCAAAACCACCAGUAGUACCUCCAAGAAACACUAAACCGGAUGCUGAUUCAACUUAUAUAUCGCCAUCACGUCGACGUCCAAUAAAUAAUUCUUCUUUAAAACCCAAGUCACCUCCACGUCAACCAUCUCCACGUCAACCACCUCCACGUCAAGUUAUUCAUGCAUCUCCUGAACAAUUAAAUAAUUCAGAAGUCAAUAAAAUCAAAGGAAAUGAAAUAUUUAAACUUGGACAAUAUGGAGAAGCUGAUAAAUUAUAUUCUCUUGCUAUUCAAUCACUACCAGCUAAACAUUUACAAUUAGUUAUUCUAUAUAAUAAUCGAGCAACAGCACGAUUAAAGAAUGGAGAUCAACGUGGUUGUGUUGAGGAUUGUACAUUAUCUCUUGAAUUAAUAAAUGAUUAUACACGGCCACCUCCCCCAGGAAUUGAUAUAAAUUUGAAAUCACAAUAUACAAAAGCAUUACUUAGAAGGGCUUCUGCCUAUGAAUCAAUGGAAAAAUAUGACAAUGCAAAAGAAGAUUUUCAGGAAAUAAUUAAUGUCGAUCCAAGCAGUAAUAAUGUAGUCAACGAAGGAUUACGACGUUUAGAUCCAAAUAAUCCGGCGGUAAUAAAAUUAAGAAAUCAAACUCGUCAACAAGAAUUUGAAGAUUCAGAAAAGUUGAGACAUAAAGAUAACGUGGAUCUAAAAUUAUCACAAUGGAAAUUAGGAAAAGAGACAAAUCUUAGAGCAUUAAUUAGUAGUUUAGAUAUGGUAUUAUGGGAAGGGAUAGGGUGGAAAAAAAUAGGAUUACAUGAAUUAAUCAAACCUUCACGAGUUAAAAUUAUAUAUAUGAAAGCUAUCGCGAAACUCAGUAAUUCAACUACAAUUGAACAAAGAUUAUUAGCCAAUGGAAUAUUUUCAACAUUAAAUCAUGCUUGGGAUGCAUUUAGAACUCAAAAUUAA